CGCCGCACCUUUGCCAGCUCGACUUCCGGCAUUGAAUUCCAAACCACCCCUAGUGAACCUGCAUCAUGAGUCGGAAUUGGGUUCCCGCGCUUAUGGCCAUUGGCAUGGGUGUCUGGACUGGAUACUAUAGCUUCCAGCCUGCGUUGAGAGAUCUACAAUCUGAGAAGGGGAAUGGACCCCAAACUCAGCAGUCGCCAGAUCAAAAAAUCGCCCAGCCAUCCGCACCCAGUUCAAAUGGCGAUUCAAGCAAACCGGCAGCAUAGCUUAGCGGAACAUAGUCCUUCGAAAUGAGCAGAUAUAGAUUGCAGCUAAAUAACACGGUUUGAUCUGCGUUCACCGCGACGCCGCUGGUCGGUGAUACUCUGCAGUGAUACGAGAAGGAACCUAUCUACCCAGAAAUUCAGUAUCGUACGGAAUGCGAAACGUCGUGCCAUGAUAUCAUAGAAGUAUAGGUAGAGGGCCCCGCUGGUCACAUUGGUGACAGCCUGUGGUGGCUGGAGAAUGCUGGUUUGGGGUAGGCUAAGGGAUUCGAAAUUCGCCCAGAUUAUAUAGUAUGGGUUACAGCUCGACUGUAUUUGUACUACUAUGAGCCUUCACAGCACAUAUAGGCCAAACAGUUCAUGAUAAUUCACUGUCAACUACAG